GCCAUGAAAGUUGAAACUUCAUUUUAAGUUUUUUGUUCCCAGAAAAAAUUGUACUAGACAAGAAAGAAAAAGAGGAAAGUUAGUGAAAGAAUAUUUUAAUUGCGAAAAAAUAACCAAUUCCAGUUUAAAAGUCACCAAAUUAAAGACUUAAGUGUAAUAUAUUUUUAGUGCGUUUAUCAAGGUAAUUCACCCCCAAGUAAGAGAAUAAAAGGAAAAUAAAAUGACGUGGGAACCGCAAGCCGAAGGUUUACAACAAAUAAUUACAAUCCUCAAGCAGUCUCAGUCGCCGGAUACCGCCACUCAAAUGGCUGUUCAACUGAAACUAGAGGAAUUGAAUCAAUAUCCCGAUUUUAAUAAUUACCUGAUUUAUGUACUGACGAAACUAAAAACUGAGGAUGAGCCAACACGUUCUCUAAGUGGUCUAAUUUUGAAAAAUAACAUCCGGAUUCAUGGAAAUAAUUUACAGCCAGAGAUUAUAGAAUAUAUCAAGCAUGAAUGUUUGCAAGCUAUCGGAGAUCCUUCGCCUCUAAUAAGAGCUACUGUUGGUAUAUUGAUCACUACUAUCGCCAGCAAUGGCGGUUUACAAAAUUGGCCCCAAUUACUUCCCUCUUUGUGCGACAUGUUGGACUCGCAAGACUAUAAUGUAUGUGAAGGUUCGUUCAGUGCUUUACAAAAGAUAUGCGAGGAUUCAGCAGAGAUACUUGACUCGGGUGUACUCAAUCGGCCUCUAAACGUGAUGAUUCCGAAAUUCCUUCAAUAUUUCAGCCACAAUAGCCCGAAAAUACGUUCCCAUGCCAUAGCUUGUAUCAACCAAUUCAUUGUGAACCGAUCACAGGCUCUGAUGCUACACAUCGACGCAUUCAUUGAAAGUUUAUUUAACCUAUCGUCUGAUGAAGAUCAUGAGGUAAGAAAGAAUGUAUGCCACGGGUUGGUGAUGCUGUUAGAAGUUCGUAUGGAUCGUUUGUUGCCGCAUAUGUCACAAAUUAUAGAGUAUAUGCUCAUACGCACCCAAGACCCCGAUCAAGGUGUAGCAUUAGAAGCGUCAGAAUUCUGGCUAUCUCUCGCUGAGCAGAGUAUUUGCAAAGAAGUGUUGGCGCCCUAUUUAGGGCAGCUAGCUCCAGUAUUAGUCCGUGGAAUGCGAUACUCUGAAAUUGAUAUUAUCCUGCUAAAAGGCAAUGUUGAGGAGGACGACAUGGUGCCUGACCGUGAGGAGGACAUACGUCCUCGAUUCCACAAAUCUCGUACGCACACCCUUAAAUCCGGCGAAAGCGGUGUUGAUGAUGAUGAUGAUGAUUUUGAUGAUGUGUUAGAUGAUGACAGUUCUCUAUCAGAAUGGAAUUUGAGGAAAUGUAGUGCCGCCGCACUGGACGUGUUAGCAAAUGUCUUUCGCGAAGAAUGUCUACCUAUUGUAUUGCCCAUUCUCAAGGAUACUCUGUUUCAUCAGGAGUGGGUUAUCAAAGAGAGUGGAGUGUUGGCACUGGGUGCUAUUGCCGAGGGCUGCAUGCAGGGUAUGAUUCCACAUCUACCCGAACUCAUACCCUAUUUGAUCAGUUGUUUGUCGGACAAGAAAGCAUUGGUUCGCUCUAUAACUUGCUGGACAUUAUCGCGCUAUGCUAACUGGGUAGUAAACCAACCACAUGAUCAAUAUUUGAAACCAUUAAUGGAAGAACUACUAAAACGCAUAUUAGAUUCUAAUAAGCGUGUUCAAGAGGCAGCUUGCUCCGCAUUCGCUACUCUGGAAGAAGAAGCUUGCACCGAAUUGGUGCCAUAUUUGGAGUAUAUAUUAAAAACUCUUGUAUUUGCUUUCUCAAAAUAUCAACAUAAAAAUUUGCUUAUACUGUAUGAUGCAGUUGGCACCCUAGCCGACUCUGUGGGUCACCAUCUUAACAAACCACAAUAUAUCGAUAUUUUGAUGCCUCCACUAAUUGAAAAGUGGAAUUUGCUAAAGGAUGACGACAAAGACCUAUUUCCUCUUCUGGAAUGCCUGUCAAGCAUCGCGACAGCUUUACAGUCGGGAUUUUUACCAUACUGCGAUCCAGUUUAUCAGCGCUGCAUCUCACUUAUCGAGCAAACUCUGAAUCAAGACAUGGCAUGUAAAACUAAUCCUGGCUUCGAGCAUCCAGAUAAAGAGCGAAUGAUUGUUGCAUUAGACUUGUUAUCAGGCCUCGCAGAAGGUUUAGACGGACAUAUUGAAUCACUAGUCGCCAACAGCAAUAUUAUGCAAUUACUUUAUCAAUGUAUGCAAGAUGUAUUACCAGAGGUGCGACAAUCAUCGUUCGCAUUGUUGGGAGACUUAACUAAAGCUUGUUUUCAACAUGUACAUCCAUUCAUGUCGGAAUUCUUCCCAAUUUUGGGGCAAAAUUUGAAUCCUGAUUACAUUUCCGUAUGCAACAAUGCUACUUGGGCUAUUGGUGAAAUUUGCAUGAAGCUGGGCGAAGAAACUCGGCAGUACAUACAUCUUGUACUCAAUGAACUCUUCGUUAUAAUAAACAGACCGAACACUCCUAAAACACUGCUGGAAAAUACAGCAAUAACAAUCGGUCGUCUAGGUUAUGUGUGCCCAGUUGAAGUGGCUCCUUAUUUGCCAGAAUUUGUACGACAGUGGUGUACAUCUCUGCGUCAUAUAAGAGAUAAUGACGAAAAGGAUUCGGCUUUCCGCGGAAUGUGUCACAUGAUAACCGUAAAUCCAGGUGGCGUCGUGCCCGACUUUAUAUUCUUCUGCGAUGCUGUGGCUUCAUGGGUAAAUCCGCCACAAGAUUUGCAUCAAAUGAUUCAGAAGAUUCUGCAUGGCUUCAAAACACAGGUAGGGGAAGAAAACUGGCGUCGUUUUGUCGAUCAGUUCCCACAAAAUCUCUCGGAGCGCCUGGUUGCUAUGUACAACAUUUAAAGCAUCAAUAUUGCGCACUGGGGGAAUUAAAACUUGGGUGUAACGUUAAAGCUACUAUGAUAGUAGAAAGCGGGGGACAAAAGCAAAUCAAGUAGACAAAAGGAAAAAAUUAAAGUAAUAUGUUAAUCGGCAAACAAGCUUGGGAUCACUAUAGUCGCAUUGUCUAUCAAAAGGCAUCCUGAGCGAACUCGUUUGAAAAACGUUUGCUUGUUAUUCAGCAACAAUAGUCCGAUUAAAAUAUAUCAGUCGUAAGUUCUUUAUCUCUAUGUAUGCAAAUGUGGAAAUUGAGGUGUUAAGGUACUAUUAUGAGUACGCAAGUCCUUUAUUAUAAUUGUAUGAACUAACAGCCAUAAUCCGAAAUAUAUAUACAUUUCAACAAUAAAUACGUUGGAAAUAUAAGAGAAACGGAGAAAAAAGAAAAA